AUGCCGGACUGUUGCGCCACGUGCAAGAAAGAACUUGAAGAACAGAUAAACAGGUUACGAGGUGGUUUUUUGUUGUGAAUAAUAUUUUUUUAGACAAGGUGAGUCAAAUUCCCGAAGUUUCAACGCAUUUGUUUGGAAAUCCGAGCUUCAGCGACCUCCGAGUGAAAGCGGGAAACACAACUUUUUACGUAAGCCAUUCUUCAACAUAUUUUUUUUACACUUUUAGGUUACAAAAUACCUAAUGGGACUCAAGUCCAAGAUCUUCGAGGAAACUAUUCUUGAAGGAUCGAGAGAUGGGGCUGAUAACGUUUUGAGGCUGCAUGAAGAUCCUGCUGUGGUCGAGGCAAUGCUGGAGUACAUAUGCUUGCAGAAGAAGGUGAAGGGAAGCGAGUUAGCGGCAAAGGUUGUGCAACUGGCCAAUCGUUACGGAAUCGAUGAUCUCAAAGUGAGUAUUGAAGAAUUAUUUGUUGAAGUUUAGGUUUAUAGAUGCUCGAAUACUUGAAAAAUCCUAUAAAUGCGUUUCUAUCCUAGUCGUAACACGGUGUUUUUGGUUUCAAUCAGUUUUUAUAUUAUCCAUGGGUAAAGUUAUUGUUUCUUUGUAAACUAUUUUUUCUGCUGUUGAAAACAGGCCGUUUCUUUUUUAAUGAGCAAGAAUAGGUCUUAAUAAGAUUUGUGGCUUUAGUUUCGACUAAAUUCUUUGCUUAUAAUUUAUUUAUUUGAGGUGAUUUUAAACGACCACCUAAAAUAAUGUUUUUUGAUUUGUUAGGAUCAAUGUGAAUUGGAGCUGCUGGAUAAUUUGACGUUCGAAGAUGCCCAUGCUAAUCUGCAAAUCGCGUAUCAAGAAGGUCUCUCGGUUUUGUAUUGGAAAUGCAGCGAGCUCAUCUACCACAACUUCACAGGACUGGAGAAAUAUUCCGUAGAAAGCGAGAUUGUGGAACAACCUGAACCAGGUAGGGCGUGGAGGGCAUUUGAAAUUAUUUUUGAGCAUAUUUUCAGUUCCGAUUGGUCCUAUUUUCACCUUCACGCCAGACACCGUCAUCCUUACUACGAUCCACGGAAAAGUUGCUUCUGACCAUAGAGAACUAACCAUAGUUCCGUCGACAUUGUCUACAAAGUUUAUGGAUCCGUGA